AUGGGUUUUGCUUCCCAUUCAUCAGCAGCAGUCACAGCCUGCAGCCUGGCGCCCGCAACGCGGGAAGUGAAGGUGGCUUGUUCAGAGGAUGUGGACUUGCCAUGUACCGCACCCCGGAACCCGCGAGUCUCCUACACGGUCUCCUGGGCCAAGCUUACAGAGGGUGGUGAAAAGAGGAUAGAGAUGCCUCAGGAAGAUCUGCAGAACUAUCAUCAAAAGGAGCAGAAGGGCUCUUUUGAGGACCCUGGGGAAAGGCUAUAUUCCCUGAAGAUCCCAAACACUACCAGCUGCAGCUCGGGGACAUACAGAUGUACUCUGGAGGGACAGGAAGGGCAGAGAAACCAAAGUGGCACAGUCAUCUUGAAAGUGACAGGAUGCCCUAAGGAACUCAAAGAAAAGACUUUUAAGAAAUACAAAGCUGAGAUUGCACUGCUGUUGGUUUUGGUGGUUUUCUACUUAACACUCAUCAUUUUCACUUUUAAGUUUGCACGACAACAGAGUAUUUUUCAAGAGUUUUCUAAACCCGGCACGGAACGAGUUUUUCUCCCAGUCACCUCCCCAAACAAGCAUUUGGAGCCAGUGACUCUUCACAAGACAGAACUGGUAUGAGCAGGAUUUCUGCAGGUUGUUUUUCCGAAAGUCAAAGGCUCAGUGAUGGACCUAUAUGUCACACAGGACUAGAAAAGAAUGCGUCCCACAUCAAAGAUGCCAGCAUUCCUGUGAAGUCCUUCAUCUGACUGAAAUAUCUGAAAGUGGAUCCCAAACCACUUUUUGCGAGCAGGACUUUGAAAACCAUUGCAUGGCCACACAGCAUGGGGCCACCUGCAGGGUGCUCUGUGAUGCUAUUUCUUCACUGCUGCCUUCUCAGCAUUUUGUUCAGCUAUCUGGUCAACCUCCUCAAAAUUCUUUCAGUCAUAUAAAAGCUAUGGUGAGAUGCAGUUGGACAAAGGUCUUGGGAAAUAUGAAUUUCCAGAACUGGCCCUGUGACAGACUCUUGAGGACAGCUGUCUUCUUCCACAUCUGGGAAACAUCUCUUUGAAUUUGUUGUGUUUUCCUGUACUAGCCCAGAUGUUUCAUGUCUGGGAGAAAUUGACAGGCCAAGCUGUGAGACAGUGGGAAAUAUUUAGCAAAUAAUUUCCUGGUGCGAAGGGUGUACUAUAACUAAGGAGUAUUAUGUGUACAUAGAAAUAGUAGGUCGAUGAACUCUUCCCCAACAGGCCUUUUCAUCUGGGAAAGACAUCUAUAAAGAGGCAAUAAAGAAGAAUGCCACAUUUAUUUUUAUAUCUCCAUAUAUGCUUGUCAAAGAAUUUGUGCUUUUUCACUUUUUGAAAUCUAUAUCUACAGUUAGAUAUCAUCGCUAACUGACAAGCAACCUGAAUAGAGGGAGUUAGAAGAUGUCGAGAGGAUGACAACAGGAUAGAGAGUUUUUUAGUGACCUGAUGGAAAUGCUGGACCAAUCGUGCAAUCUGGGUUCUAGUUCCAGUUGUCCCACUACGAAGUUGCAUGAUCUUGGGCCAGAUCCUAUGGUUUCCGCUUUCUCAGUUAUAAGCCAAAAGGUUGUUGUAGGAAUUUAUUGAAAUAAUGUGUGUGAAAAGGUUCUGAAAAAGUAUAAAGCACUAUACAAGUUUGAAACUCCGUUGAGUCAUUACCCUUAUUAUUACAGUGGUUUCUGGGCAAAAGAGAAUGACUUUUACUUUUCAUGUUUUCCAUCAUUCCAAACAACAACAAAAAAUCUACAAAAAGAGACUUUCCCAGUCUUCUGUCUGAAUUCCUUUGGGGAAAUGAGGAAGCCAGUUCAAUGGUCUGUUCUUGAAGCACCAGCCCAAAGUACUCCAAGACCUGCACACUAAGGAGUUGCUGGGACGUGGGGACGAAGGAGUUCAUAAAUGUUACAUUAACAUUUUGGCAUUUGUGUUUCGCUAAUCAAGUUUGGCCCUUUCCCUCCUUGUUUUUGAAAGAGAUUUUACCCCUUUAGUACUGUGUGCAUGGCCCACACUAAUAUUAGAGAGUACAAGGAAUGCCAGAUUGAUUUAGGGAUUUUGCCUCUUUGUCAUGGCUUUCCUAUUAUUAAAUGUAUGCAUGUGAAGGG